AAAAAAUGUUCCCUUCUAGGAAUAGACUCUUAUCAUUACCAUUUAUUGGAAAUGAUACAUAAACUGUUGAGCAACGUUCGACCAGGAGUUCUUGAGAAAAUAACGACAACCGAAACUGGCAUUAUAGCUUGUAUUUGGUUUCCAAUUCCCUUCGUUGGCGAUUUCAACACCCAAAUGAUGGCGCUGCGUUUACUAGUCAUGUUUCUAAAGUGUGUAGAUUCAAAAAGCCUUCAAAAUGAACUUGAUAAGAUUCGUGGUGUACCCAAAUCUUUCAUGAAGAAUGAGCUGACCGCGGCGAUAUCUGUUGGAAAUUUUCAUACAGCCAAAUUCGAAAACUCCGCUCUAGUCCGUUGCCUACAAACCGACACCAUCAAAGCUAAGGCGUUCCCAGCCUCAAGAACCACAUCAAUCAUAACAACAGACAAUGCACGCCAGAUACCUACUCGUAGUUGUUUGUACUUCUGCUACUUGGGCGCGGCAAUUGCUCAUUAA